AUGGCGGAGCUGCGACGCCGGCGGCCUCCUGCCGAGACCAGCGAGCCGCUGCCCAGCGACGCGUCGGACACCCUCUCCGACACGGACGUCGACUGCGGCGCCAGCUCCGCGUCCGAGACAGACAUGGCAGAGCGCGAUCCCUCCAGAGAGGCUGGAUCGUUUGGGCCGGCCGGCCACACGAGCGGCGAGAACAAGCUGACCAAGCUGGUGAAACGGCUCUUCUUCGGCACCUCGCUCCUCCUCUUCCUCAUCUUCGUCUUGUCGCUCGGCCACCUGACCACGCUCGCGAUGCUGCUCAUCGCGCAGGCGCCGCCGUUCGCUCACACAGCCGUGCUGAUGUUCCGUGAGCUGGUCAACGUGCGGUACAAGACGCGGCUGGUAAAGACCAUCCCGUGGUUCCGGACGACGCAGUGGGGCUGGUUCUGGUGCUGCAUGGUCUACUCGUACGGCAACUCCUUCUCGCAGGAGAAGCUGCUCUCCCUCAUCCGCAGGCGACCGCCCGCCACUCCCCCGACGCUGGUGGGGAUGCUGCCCUACGUGCAGCUCCUCUCCAUGGCGGCCUACUCCUUCAUGCUGAUGCUCUUUGUCCUCACCCUCAAGGCCGGCUACUACAAGUACCAGGUCGGCCAGCUCGCUUGGACGAUGGCUGUCAUCGUCGUCACCGUCGUGCAAGUCAACUCGUUUACGCAAAACAUCUUCAACGGCAGCAGACCCCGCGACCCGCACAUCCGCCCCGCCUCUUCUGGCGCCUUCGCCUCGCUCGUCGCCCCGUUUGGCGGUUUCUUCGCCUCGGGCAUCAAGCGCGCCUACAAGAUCAAGGACUUCUCGGCGAUCAUCCCCGGCCACGGCGGCGUCUUCGACAGGCGCCGCCGCCCCAGCCGCCGCAGCUUGUCGGCGCUGCCAGCGGAGGAGCGGCUGCUGCUGUACCGAGAGCUGACGGCGUCGCUGCGGGACGCAAAGCUGCUGUAG